AUGGCCCCCUUGCUGCUUCCCCUCCUUCUGACCUCCCUGCUCCCCACCAGCUUCUGUAAUAAAGCCAACAAACACAAGCCAUGGAUCGAAGCAGAAUAUCAGGGCAUUGUCAUGGAGAAUGACAACACGGUCCUACUCAAUCCACCACUCUUUGCCCUCGACAAGGACGCCCCUCUACGUUAUGCUGGUGAAAUCUGUGGGUUUCGACUGCAUGGGGCUGGGGUUCCCUUUGAGGCUGUGAUCCUGGACAAGGCAACCGGAGAGGGGUUGAUCCGAGCCAAGGAACCAGUGGACUGUGAGGCUCAGAAGGAGCACAGCUUUACGAUUCAGGCCUAUGACUGUGGCGAAGGGCCAGAUGGGGCCAAUACCAAGAAAUCACACAAGGCAACUGUACACGUCAGGGUAAAUGAUGUGAAUGAGUUUGCCCCAGUAUUUGUGGAGCGGCUCUACCGGGCAUCAGUGACAGAAGGGAAGUUGUACGACCGCAUUCUAAGAGUGGAGGCCAUUGAUGGUGACUGCUCCCCACAAUACAGCCAGAUCUGCUAUUAUGAGAUCCUCACCCCCAACACUCCUUUCCUCAUUGACAAUGAUGGGAAUAUUGAGAACACAGAAAAACUGCAAUAUAGUGGGGAGCGGCUCUAUAAAUUCACAGUGACAGCAUAUGAUUGUGGGAAGAAGAGGGCAGCUGAUGAUGCUGAGGUAGAGAUCCAGGUGAAACCCACAUGCAAACCGAGCUGGCAAGGCUGGAGCAAAAGGAUUGAAUAUGCACCAGGUGCUGGAAGCCUGGCCUUAUUUCCGGGCAUCCGCCUGGAAACUUGUGAUGAGCCACUGUGGAACAUCCAGGCCACCAUUGAGCUGCAGACCAGUCAUGUGGCCAAGGGCUGUGAUCGGGACAACUAUUCAGAGAGGGCUCUUCGAAAACUCUGUGGUGCUGCCACAGGGGAGGUGGAUCUGCUCCCUAUGCCUGGCCCUAAUGCCAACUGGACAGCGGGGCUCUCCGUACACUACAGUCAGGACAGCAGCCUCAUCUACUGGUUCAACGGGACCCAGGCUGUGCAGGUCCCCCUGGGCAGUGGGGGUGGGGUUGGAUCUGGUUCCCAAGAUGGCCUCAGUGACCAUUUUACUUUAUCCUUCUGGAUGAAACAUGGAGUGACCCCUAGCAAGGGCAAGAAAGAGGAGGAAACCAUCGUGUGCAACACCGUCCAGAAUGAGGAUGGCUUCUCUCACUACUGGCUGACAGUCCAUGGCUGCCGAAUUGCCUUCCUUUACUGGCCUUUGCUGGAGAGUGCCCGUCCAGUCAAGUUCCUCUGGAAACUGGAGCAGGUUUGUGAUGAUGAAUGGCAUCACUAUGCUCUGAACCUUGAGUUUCCCACAGUCACACUCUAUGUGGAUGGCAUUUCCUUUGACCCUGCUCUAAUCCAUGACAAUGGCCUCAUCCACCCACCUCGCCAAGAGCCUGCCCUCAUGAUUGGGGCCUGUUGGACUGAAGAAAAAGGCAAAGAGAAGGAGAAAGGGGGAGGAGACAACAGCACAGAUGUGAACCCAGGAGACCCUCUGCCGAUUCACCACUACUUCCAUGGCUACCUGGCUGGUUUCAGCGUGCGCUCAGGCCGCUUGGAGAGCCGCGAGGUUAUCGAGUGCCUCUAUGCAUGUCGGGAGGGGCUGGACUAUAGGGACUUCGAGAGCCUGGGCAAAGGCAUGAAGGUCCACGUGAAUCCCUCGCAGUCCCUGCUCACCCUGGAGGGAGAUGAUGUGGAGACCUUCAACCAUGCCCUGCAGCAUGUGGCUUACAUGAACACUCUGCGCUUUGCAACACCCGGUGUCCGGCCCCUGCGCCUUGCCACUGCUGUCAAAUGCUUCAGUGAGGAGUCCUGCGUCUCCAUCCCUGAUGUGGAGGGCUAUGUCGUGGUCCUCCAGCCAGAUGCCCCUCAGAUCCUGCUAAGUGGCAUGACUCAUUUAGCCCACCCUGCUGUGGACUUUGAAGGGCCUGAGGGAGUCCCUCUAUUCCCCGAGCUCCAGAUCACCUGCUCCAUCUCCCACCAGGUGGAGGCCAAAAAAGAUGAGAGCUGGCAAGGUACAGUGACAGACACUCGAAUGUCUGAUGAGAUUGUACACAACCUGGAUGGCUGUGAAAUUUCCCUCGUUGGGGAUGACUUGGACCCAGAGAGAGAAAGCCUACUGCUGGAUGCAGCAUCUCUGCAGCAACGAGGACUAGAAAUCAGCAAUACUUCUGCCUACAUCACCAUUUCUGGUGUGCCCAUGAAACUCUGGGAAUUGGGGCUGUGGGUAGGGAGAUUAUAUUUCUACACGUUUCUUUACCUGCCCUAUGAAUAUGCACGGUCAGGAGCUAGAAUUGUGUUCCUGUAUACUAAAUCUAUGGCCCACCUGGUCCUCAUUGGCUGCAUCUACGUGUUUCUGCAAGGGACUGCCUGGGUCACUCAGUUGGUAGCAAACUUGGUGAUUUUGCAAAUAUAUUCCUAUUGGGCUGUACUGAAGUCACUCACGUAUUUUCUCAAGGUGGUCAUGCUUAAGCACUUCAUAGAAUGGCUGGCCUUGGCAGUCAUGAAGGCUAGCAAGUAUUCUGUAUGUAUGUUAUCCCAGGUAUGGCCAGUCUUGACCUUUGCUGAGAUGUGUGUCCGCACAGGCUUGGUGGGCUUGAGUCUGAGCCUACAUGUGUGCUUUGCUGCUAUAAGCUCAAAGGUCUCAGUGAAGGUCCAUGCCCCAUUCUGCUUCUCACUGCCCCUUAGACUCUAUGCCCCCAUGAACUUGGGAAUCAGUUUGAGGCCUUGGGGCAAGAGUCAAGGGAGGGACAGAGAGGAGCUGGAUAGUUCCCAGGGCGAGAAUUUAUGGGAGCAGAGGCCUCAGAUCUCACAAAAUCCCCGGCCCACAAGGAAACACACACCGUCAAGUUUCCGGAGAGAGUCCAUUUCAGUGGUUCCUAGUGCAGCGACUCUCAUCAUUGUGGUGUGUGUGGGGUUCCUGGCACUCAUGGUUGUCCUGGGCCUGGUCCGCAUCCAUUCCCUGCACCAGCGUGUCUCCGGAGUUGGAGGUUCACCAGGGGCUUCAGAGGACCCCAAAGACUCCGAUCUUUUCUGGGAUGAUUCAGCUCUCACCAUCAUUGUUAACCCCAUGGAGUCAUACCAGAGUCGGCAGGCAUGUGUGGCAGGGGCUGCUGGGGGACAGCAGGAAGACGAGGACAGCAGUGAUUCUGAGGCAGCCGACUCUCCCAGCCAUGAAGAUAGGCGCAUCAUUGAGUCGGCCCCACACCGCUACUAAGGCCCUUUCCCCAGAGAGACGGCACCCUGCCCAGGAGAGAAGAGACGAGAGACACCCACCCAGAAAAGAAAGAGCCACCUAGAACAGAAGGACAAUUAAGAGUGAGACCCCCUCCAGGGAAGUCUCUGGAGGGAGCUAUCUUCGGAAUCCUACUCUCCUCCCCACUUUCCACUAGUCUCUGCCCUGUUAACCUUUACUCUGGAGCAUCCCCUCCCACUCCCAAGAAUCCCUUUUCCCUUAUAGGAACCCAGGAUGCUUAUAUCAGGAAAAGGGAAGAAGGGACCCUCUUGGGUUGCUUCCCUUGUCCCCCUUGGCAGCCAAACUACAAGUGUUUCUGUUCCUCCAUUACUGCCAACUGGGCUUAAUAGUCCUUGUGAAAAAUUAUACUUUGGGAAAGGUCAGUCAGUAGCCAUGGGCUUGAGGGAGUGAUGAAAGAAACCCCCUUGUUUCCCCUUCCCUCCUCUCCCUUUGAGCUUUUCUUCCCUCAGUGUGGACACCCCUUCUCUUGGUAUUCUUUCCAUUUUCCCAGUUUACUCUGGGGAGGAGGGUCCCUCUUCCCUAUUUCCUCUCCCCUGUCUCUUUCCAAGGUCCCUCCAUUCUAUCUCUCCCCCAGUCCCCUCCUCUAGUCUUGAGGUUCUCUACAUCCUGGAGAUGGGUCAGGGGAUGGUAGAAGAGGUGCCCUGGGUGUCUUAUAUAUAAUGUAUAUUUUUUCAAUGUUAUACUGAACACAGCCCCCGUGUUUCUGUGAGCAGCUCACAACUCUGUGUCACUUGUCAUCAUGUGCCCGCUCACAGCCAUCGUGUCUGGGAUAAGGGUGGGCUAGGGGAACGGUGGGGCACCUCCUGGGGUUUUCAAAUAAAACAACUCCGAAAAAAAAUCCC